AAUACAUUUUGCUGGAGAGAAUUUUGGUUAUUUCAGAGGGGGUAAGGGCAUUAGACAAGGAGAUCCAAUUUCUCCAUUGCUAUUUGUCAUCAUUAUGGAAUACUUGUCAAGAGCUUUUCUGUGGUUUGCAUCUAAAGAGCAUUUUGGUUAUCAUCCAAUGUGCAAGUCUCUGAAACUCAUCAAUAUUAUCUUUGCUGAUGAUCUUAUAGUUGCCUGUAAAGCAGAUAUAAAAUCCAUCACCUGUAUUAUGAGAGCUUUGCAACAUUUCAGGGAUACCACUGGACUCAAUAUCAAUUACGGGAAAUCUGAAAUUAUCUUUGGAGGAAUCAAACCUCAGGAGGAAAACGAGCUACUACAAUUAACCAGGAUGAGGAAAGGACAACUGCCAUUCACAUAUCUGGGGGGUCUUAUUACCUCAUCUAGAAUCAGUGCUAAGGAUUGUGAAAGGCUUAUUGAGAAAAUGACAACUAAGAUCACUGCCUGGACUUCAAAGAACCUCUCUUACGCAGGAAAAUGCAAACUGAUCAACUCUGUGUUAUAUGACUCCUCAAAUCUUCAGAUUUCAAAUCCGCAAGCAGAGACGUCUGAGACGCAGUCCAACACUUGCGACUGUUCCGACUUCGGAGUUCUGAAUCGCAGAGAGCCAGAGACGCAGACUCAGGCAGACGCUCUUGAAUCUUCUUCCCUGUGCAGCCUGUGCUCUUCCACCUUCCGCCGUCGCAGUGACGCAGUCCGAAUCGGAAGUUCUUUAAUCGCAGCCUGUGUUCUUUAAUUUUUGUCCAAGAUUGACGACAAUCUUCAAUUUUUGACGAGAAUCUUCAAAUUUUGUCCAAGAUUGAAGCAUCUAACCAAGAAGAAAGAGAUUGAAUCAUUGGAUAAUAUUACUGAUGUGCCAUCUUUUCAAUCAUCUGAGACGACUGAAAGUAAUAUACAAUGUAAUGAGGCAACUGAGAAUUCAAAUGACAUAAUCGACUUGUGUGGAAUGACAGAAGAAGAGUACUUGGCAGCUUUGAAAGCCAACGAAAGGGCCGAUAUUUGGGUGCAUUUUACCAGAAAGUUUGUGUCUGGUAAGAUUAAAGCCUUUUUUCAUUAUUACAAGCAUAAAGGUUUUGCUGCUCACCCCAAACUAAAUGGUACCACUGCUUUGAAAAAUCACAUGGAUAAAUGUAGAGAGUACCCACCUAAUAAAGAGUUAUGGAGUCAAAGACAAAAAAUUUUAACUUAUGACAAAAGUAAAGACUUGGAGGUACUGGGAAAUUCUCAAGAUGAAAUUACUAAAGCGUGUGUGCAAAUGAUAAUUCUAGAUGAGUUACCAUUUAGUUUCGUGGAAGCAAAAGGAUUUCGUUAUUUUUGUAGAGUUGCAUCCCCCCAUUAGAGAGUGCCAAGUCGUAAGACGAUUGCCAAAGAUGUGCUUAACAUGUUUUACGUUGAGAAGAGUAAAUUAAAAGAUGAUUU